AUGGUACUUUGGUCGAAAGAACAAGACAAAGUCCCCGACAUCGACAUGUCCUCCGGGGACAUUGAUGUGAAGAAGGAGGGAGGCCCCCUGACCCCGGCCCUCCUCAACUCCAACUGCACCGUCCACCCGGUGAUCCUCACCAAGGGCUCCGAGGAGGGGAGCCCUGGCGGCGGGGGCGAGUUCGAGCUCACCGAGGUCACGCCCUUCGCGGAGAGGCCCGGCGGGACCGCGGAUGACGACGAGAGGUCGGAGAUCGUGGUGGCGAUGGACUGCCGUGCCAACGCCAAAGGCCAGCGGGAGGAGGACGCCCUGCUGGAGAACGCCAGCCAGAGCAACGAGAGCGACGACACCAGCACCGAUCACAGCCCCGAACCGCCGCCCCCCCUCAAGGAGACCUCCUUCUCCAUCGGCCUGCAGGUGGUCUUCCCCUUCCUGCUGGCCGGGUUCGGGACCGUGGCCGCCGGGAUGGUUCUGGACAUCGUCCAGCACUGGACCGUGUUCACCGAGGUGUCGGAGGUCUUCAUCCUGGUUCCCGCGCUGCUGGGCCUCAAAGGAAACCUGGAGAUGACGCUGGCCUCCAGACUGUCCACGGCGGCCAAUAUUGGUCAGAUGGACACAACCAAGGACAUGUGGAAGAUGAUCAUGGGGAACUUGGCCCUCAUCCAGGUCCAGGCCACGGUGGUGGGGUUCCUGGCCUCCAUCGCUGCUGUGAUCUUUGGCUGGAUCCCAGAGGGCCACUUCAGGAUGGACCACGCCGUGCUGCUGUGCGCCUCCAGCGUGGCCACGGCGUUCAUCGCCUCUCUGCUGCUAGGUCUCAUCAUGAUCGGCGUGAUUGUGGCGUCCCGAAAAGUUGGCAUCAAUCCCGACAACGUGGCCACGCCCAUCGCCGCGAGCCUGGGAGACCUGAUCACCCUGUCGCUGCUGGCGGGCAUCUCCACGGGCCUCUACAAGGAACUCGAAAACGACUACGCCAACGCGCUGGUGUGCGCCACCUUCGUGGCCCUGUGCCCCAUCUGGGUGCUGAUCGCCCGGAAGAUCCCGUCCACCCGGGAGGUGCUGUACUCCGGCUGGGAGCCGGUCAUCAUCGCCAUGGCCAUCAGCAGUGUCGGCGGUCUGAUCCUCGACAAGACCGUGACCAACCCAAACUUCGCCGGCAUGGCCGUCUUCACUCCGGUCAUCAAUGGCGUGGGUGGUAACCUGGUCGCAGUCCAGGCCAGUCGCAUCUCCACCUAUUUGCACAUGAACGGUCUCCCUAUGGGGGAUCCCAACCUCACCCCCAGGAAGUGCCCCACGCCCUGCAACUCCUUCUUCGGCUCAUCUGUGAACUCUCGCUCGGCCCGUGUGCUCUUCCUCCUGGUGGCCCCGGGUCACCUCGUCUUCCUCUACACCAUCAACUCCCUGCGGGGCGGUCACACCACCCUGACGGCCAUCUUCAUCGUCUUCUACCUGUUUGCCGCUCUGCUGCAGGUCCUGAUCCUGCUCUACCUGGCAGACUGGAUGGUCCACUGGAUGUGGGGCCGGGGCAUGGACCCCGACAACUUCUCCAUCCCCUACCUGACGGCGCUGGGCGACCUGCUGGGCACCGGCUUCCUCGCCCUCUGCUUCCACAUGCGCUGGUUCAUCGGGGACAGAGACUCUGACAUGGGCAACUGACGGCAGGCGAACCACUACGCACUGGACGCUUCGCACGCGUAGCCCAACACCGCCGCUGCGCCUCCGUCAAAGUGGACGUCCACGAAUAAAGGGCUUAUUCUCCUGUAGGGCUCCGAUCGAUGCUAUAGUGCUCGUAGCAUUUUGGUCUUCUGGUCUCAGCCGAUCAGAAAAUCUAAGGAAACAUAUCUGAACCUCAACAUGCAACACAAAACUCUGAUGGAUCCUGCCCCAAGGACCCCCCCCCCACACCUUUAUUUUACCUAAUAACUGAGUGCUACUACUUUUCUUUCUAUUCUACUAUUGACAAUGAUUCUUAUUGUUGGUGAAUAAUGCAUUUGAUAUGAAUCGAAGUAUCUUCUAUGUGCACGGGCACUCCUCAUUAUUUUCAAUGGGGGCGUUCGCCCAACCUGUUUUUAAAGAUUUAACACUUGAAACCGAGAUGACGGAAGACAGCAAAAAAACAAACAAACAAAAAAUCUAUAUAUCUUUAUCCAAACAAGCCUAAAACACGUAAUCACCAAGUGCUAAGUCUUAUUUCUGCUGAAUGAAGACGAUAUGAAGUCUAGAAUGUCCUUUCUGAUUUAGUCGAUUGUUUUGGCUUCGGCUUUGCUAGGAAACAGGGUAGGCAGCAAAAAACUGUGCUGAAGCAAACUAAAUGGAGCUUAGGUCGAUCCAACAGGCAGAUUUAUUUUCAGAUCUGCUUCAGGUCGGCCUCAUCAGCUCCCGUUCAGGAUGUUGAGCCGAUGUAAGAGACAGAGAGGGGGUAAGCUGACGCUUUGGGAAACCGUAUGUGGAAAAUGGCCUCGUGACUGUCGGUCAGAAAGGCGCUUCGCUACGUCUGAUGUGUGGAAGCCCAGCUCGCCGUUUGUGGUGGAUGUCCGGAGGUUGGUGAGGUCUUGUUCCUGGUGGUGAGAAUGGCUCGUAGCACAUUCUCUGCUGUUGUUGUUGUGUUUUCCCAAUCCAGGCUUACCGUAAGUGAAGAGAGGCUAACAUGCUGCUGCGCUUUAGCCAGAUGAGCUGCGUUCACCGGGGGGGUGGGGAGUGUGAGGGUGAGUUUGGGGUGUGUUCACUCCGGCUCAGACGCUGCAGUCUGGCGCCGGAUGGUACUGGAGGUACUGAUAGAUGCAAACAGGUAGAGAUAUUAGCGUUGGGAUUGGCAUCAGCAAAGGUUUACAUAAAAUUCACCAAUUCGGUACUCGCUCCAGUUAAAGUGUCCCGUACAGGCAAACGGUGGAACUUUGAGAACCAAAAAUGUGUUCAUCAGCCACGAGAAUACCACCUCUUCUGCAUUUAGCUCAGUUUAGCCCAGUUUUCAGUUUGGACGCAAAUUUAGUGCUUUUACGACGGAAUGGUUAGCUUUUCGCUACGUCUUUACUUAAAUGUGGUUUCAGCAGAUUUAAAUGAAGGAUGUAUUCUGAACAGAUAUUUUUCACCCCGCCUGUAAUCAGACCCCUGAACAUGAAUGUUUUGAUGAGAGAUUUUCAGCUCAAGGCGUGAAGAUCCGAAGCAUUCAGAGCGUAAACACACUGAAUCCUGUCGGCUUCUGACUAAUGAUCCGGUGGAGGGAGAUUUCCUAACAGUGCUAAUCCCUCCAGGUACAGAGAUUACGUCUUCGCUGCUACUCACAUCCACUUUAACGAUCCAAGAAAUGCUUCAGUCAGUAUUUUCUGCUUUUGUCACUGCUGAAAAUGAUAAAAUAAUAAUAUAUUCAUGAAGGAUGGUUUGAACAGAGAUGUGGUUUCACAGUUUUAAGACAUCAGGAUUUGGUUGAAUCUUAGUUUUGUGGCGAGUUUUGUGUCGAAUGGUGUAAUCACAAACACAGGCGAGCAGGUGAGGAGUUUUAAAGUGCUGUUGUCUCUUCAUUUUAAUUUGAGAUGUUUCUGGGCCGACUGGCAGUGUGUGUGAGAGCUCACGCACUGGUAACAUGCUGUAUUUCUCUAAAGUACGCUAAUGCUAACGCUAACGGGUUGAUAUGAACGCUGCUCGUUCAACCUGUCAAUCAAUCUGACCUAAAUGCAACAGAAGUUUUCCGUUUCCACUUGAAAACGCUGUGGUGUGAACGAUGCCUUGGUUUUGGUGCUACUUUAAGGUCGCUGACCAGCUGUUUCGUCUUUGGGGGGGAUUUUGCACCCCUAACUUUAACGUGAGCCCCCCCCCCCCCCCCCCCCCCCCCCCCCCCCCCCCGGACUCCCCCAGACUUUGCAUCUAUUCAGGAAAAGUAGAAAUGCUCCCGUGUCGUUGUGGUUACAGCAUUUGACGCUCGGACUCUUUUGAUUCAACGUGAACUCGAACCGGACCGUUAAUGAAUCCUGCUGCUGCAGUUUGAGUCUCCUCCAGCCUCAUCUGAACCCGAGCCCCGGGUGCAGGAGGGGGGAAUCAUGGGUAAACCCACACACUGGAGCUGUCCGUCGGGGCUUCCUGACCUGCGUGGGAUUUGUACAGGGGUCCAGCAGAAAGCAUGUGCAGGGCACAUAGUGAGAAUAUGCAAAACUUGAUUCUGUUAUUUUAGAAAAAAGAAUCUUUUCUUUCCUUCCUCGUCUUACUGAUUUUUGUUUCUGAAUGUUUCAAUGAUGGUAAACUUGUGAUUCCUUUUCCUUAAUCUUCUUAACACUUGUUUUUUUUUUGGUUUUGUGUCACAACUUUUCUCCACCGAUACAAACGCUUCUCGCUCGCUGCCCGUCGAGCGCUGAGGAAGUACUGUAAUCUGCCCCGCCAGCAGGAGGCGCCGCAGGGCGGGGAGGGCGGGGGCGGCGGGGAUCUCCUCCCAGCUCCGUCUGUCUGAGCGUUUCCACGUUUUCGGUACUUCUCGUGCGAAUGGUCCACUCUCUCUGACCGACCAGGUGCCAGCGUUUCUGCCUCGACCGGAAAGUUGUGAAUACUUCUACUAAAGAGGCACGUUAUGCUUUGUCUAUUUAUUUUUAGAAGCACACAAAGCAAAUUGUACAUACUAUAUUUAUUCUAUAUAUAAGGUUGUUUAUUUUGUCAAUCCAUGUUGGCUCUUUCACCGUGUUGUUGUCAAUUUUUCCUCUUUUUCUUUAUUUUUUUGCUCCUCGAGGCUAACGCCCCCGUGCCUAAUAAAACCUUCACAUAUGCACACGCGCAUCCACCCCGACCCCACUCCGUCUCAGUUCGGGAGGGGGAGGGGCUUACGGAAAGCGUGCUUCUAAGACGUAGAACGGCCUUAACCUAUCAGAGCCCGGCUCGCCUCGGGAGUAACCAAUCAGGAGCUCGGCUCGCCGCAGAGUAGCGUCUCUUUAAUUAAAUUAAUCGCGAUUAAACAGAAAGGGUGUACAGUGAUUGUGAUGUAGUAAUGGCCGUGGGGUGGGGGGAGGGCUGGUGGCGUCCAGCACGGCGUGCGGCCCGCCGGCCCUCCACAGCCCCCGCCCCGCCGCUGCCUUGCUAACCUCAGAGCCUCCCCGUCCGUUUGUGAAAUCCCUCUGUGAGGCAGGACGACCGGCGCCGUUCUCCCUGCAACUCUUUGUAAAUUGCUGGAAAUAAAAGACUAUAUUAUUUCAUACCA